AUGGUGUUCGCAAGUCCAUUUUCAGAUAAAUAUCCUAAAAGAGUUUGGGAUAGUUUAAAAAAAAGUAGAAGGGGAAAGGAUAUGUUUGCUCCAUUAAACAAUUUUCUCAAUUCAACAAGACUCUAUGAUUAUGUUUUAAAGCACACGCCUCGUUAUUAUUUAUUCGCUAUGGCCGGAGGAUGUGUAUGUUGUUAUUCUCUCAGCAAUGUCGUUGAUUAUUUUUGGAAAAGAGCAAACAAAGGAAGGCUUUACGAUGAUUUGCCACUUGAUAUUGCCGCCGCCGAUGAGGAUGAAUAA